AUGGGAGGACCCCGUAUGGGAGGUCCUAGAGGUCCAGGCCCAAGAAUGGGCGGACCAAGACCACAACAGAGGGCCCCUGAGCCAUCUGGAUUUGGUGGAUUCAUGUCCAUGUUUGGUGCCCCUGCUGCCCCAAACAAACCAGCAGCUUCCGGUGGCUUUUUCUCAUCCCCACAGACUUCAUUCUUUGGGUCAUCACCUGCUCCUCCUCCUGCUUCUGGUCAGCCGCAGCAGAAAAGCUCAUUCUUUGGUCUGCCAACCAACCUCCCCACUGAGUCCCUGACUAGUGACCUGUUUGGUAUGUUUAAUAAAGAGCAAGAGCCACCUAAACCACCAGAAACGGUACCUCAAGAACCAACAGGACCUUCUGAAAAGGAGACUGUCUCUGGGACAGGUGAUGUAAAGGACAGUUGUGACCCUGAAAAGGCAGCUCUGUCAGGAGAGGCAGAUGUGACAACCGAAGGAGGGCCAACUGAAGAGACCCAGAGGCCUACUGAGGAGGAGAAAGAAGCUCUUUCUGAGGGAGAGGUAACCCAUGAGGAGCCUGGUGUCGUUUCUCGAGAGCCUGAUUCUUCAGGGGUUGAUAAAGCUGGACCCCCUCCAGCUGCAGAGCCUAAGGGCAUGUUUGACAUCCCUGGUCUGGCUCCAUCUACAUUCGGCUUCAUGUCUGGAGCAUCUGAUGGGGCUUCAUCUCUCGGAUCUUUCUUCUCUUCAACACCUUCAACCACACCCGCUACAGCGAAAACACCACAGCCACCACAAGAUGGUGGCCUCUUCUCUGGUUUUAAAGGCCUCUCAUCCGGUAUAUUCCAGGAAGAGAAGCCAGCUAGAAAGGAGGAGCCUCCUUCGGCUGCGUCCAUGUUUGGGAAGACACUGGGCUUCCCAUGGCAGAGUGGCCCUGAACCUCCCAAACCAGAAUCCCCUCCUCCUGUGGUCACCACUCAGCCCAGAGCUCAGGGUGCUAGACCUGCUGAUGCUGACGACGGUUUCAGCGAACCAGAGGCAGACUCGGACGCGACAGAAGGCGCAGAUCCCAGUGACACUGAUGAGCCAACCGACACAUCCGGUAAAACAGGAAGCAUGGACAAGAGCCCGGGGAGCAGUGAGACACUGACGAUGCAGUCCGGGAUGCCUUCGGAGGCAGUGUCCCUGGCAAUGUCUCUGUCAGAGGGUUCAGAUAAACCCCAGUUAUAUAUCACCCCCCCUGAGGUAGGCAAGGACACGAUGUCUGAACCCCACUCCUCUACAGAGCCCAAUGCAGCAAACGCACAGCCAAUCCCGGUGGACAGCAGUCGUUUUGGGUCGUCAGGGAACCUCAGCCAGGCCAGCUCCCAGCUCAGCUCUGAUCCAGAGGCCCCCCACCCCGCCAGCCCUCGCCCCCCUCUCCACAGCCAACAGAAAGCCUCCUGGGAGGAAGAGGAGGAAGAGGAGAAGGGGCUGAAGGCUGUCCCAGAGCCGGGGUCCAACAAAGAUCUGAAGGAGUCUAUAAUCACACCACCCAAACCCCUGGACAACCGUGGGACAGAGAAACAGAUCAGCUUCUUUGAGCAUGGACCACCUCCCUGCUCUCCGGUCAGAAUACGUUGGCUGAAGGUCAUCAACAGAGUCAGAGUUCAGCUGCUCGAGGGCCGAGAUGGAGACCCCAGCCAGCACCCGUGGGCCAAGCCUGGUGGUGCCACGCCCUUUGGGAUCGACAGCAUGCCUGACCUCCGCAAGAGACGGCCUAUCCCCCUGGUCAGCGAGCUGGCGAUGUCCAUGUUGCAGGCCAGGAAGGCUGGGCUCUCUAUGGCUACAAAGACGUCCCUUAAGGACCAGGAGCUGAAGAACCACGUGUAUAAGAAGACCCUGCAGGCUCUGAUCUACCCUAUCUCCUGCACCACGCCCCAUGCCUUCCAGGUGUGGACCGCCUCCACACCCACCUACUGCUACGAGUGUGAGGGGCUGCUGUGGGGCAUCGCCCGCCAGGGCAUGAGGUGUGCUGAGUGUGGGGUCAAAGUUCACGAGAAGUGCCAGGAGCUGCUCAACGCUGACUGUCUACAGAGGGCAGCUGAGAAGAGCUCUAAGACGGGAGCAGAGGACCGGACCCAGCACAUCAUCACAGCUAUGAAGGACAGGAUGAAGAUCAGGGAGAGGAACAAGCCGGAGAUCUUUGAGGAGAUCAGGGCUGUGUUCGGUGUCACUAAGCUGCUCCAUGCACAGCAGAUGAAGACCAUCAAACAGAGCGUGUUAGACGGAACCUCCAAGUGGUCCGCCAAGAUCACCAUCACUGUCCUCAGUGCUCAGGGUCUCCAGGCUAAAGACAGGACAGGUUCCAGUGACCCCUACGUGACCAUCCAGGUGGGGAAGACCAAGAAGAGGACCAAGACCAUCUACGGAAACCUCAACCCUGUCUGGGAGGAGAAGUUCAACUUUGAGUGCCACAACACGUCGGACCGUAUCAAGCUGCGUGUUUGGGACGAGGACGAUGACAUCAAGUCCAGGGUGAAACAGCGUCUGAAGAGGGAGUCAGAUGACUUCCUGGGUCAGAGCAUCAUCGAGGUCAGAACACUCAGCGGAGAGAUGGACGUCUGGUACAACCUGGAGAAGAGGACUGAUAAGUCAGCAGUGUCUGGGGCCAUCAGGUUACAGAUCAGUGUGGAGAUUGAAGGGGAGGAGAAAGUAGCGCCGUACCACGCUCAGUACACCAGCCUGCACGAGAACAUGUUCCAUUACUCUACUGACGUGGUGGGUCAGGGGGUAGUGAAGGUGCCUGUUGCCUGUGGAGACGAUGCGUGGAAGGUCUACUUUGAUGAGGUGCAGCAGGAUAUCGUAGAUGAAUUCGCCAUGCGCUACGGCAUCGAGUCCAUCUACCAGGCCAUGACUCACUUUGCCUGUCUGUCCUCUAAGUACAUGUUGUCUGGUAUUCCUGCUGUGAUGAGUACUCUGUUGGCCAAUAUCAAUGCCUUCUACGCCCAUCCUACGGCCAUCACCAACGUCUCCGCAUGUGACCGCUUCAAUGCCUCCAACUUCGGGAAAGAUCGUUUUGUUAAGCUCAUGGAUCAACUACACAACUCUCUUCGGAUUGACCUCUCCACAUACAGAAAUAACUUCCCAGCCAGUAGUAAGCCUCGUCUGCAGGACCUGAAGUCUACUGUGGAUCUGCUGACUAGCAUCACCUUCUUCAGAAUGAAGGUGUUGGAACUUCAGAGCCCCCCCAGGGCAGCCCAUGUGGUGAGAGACUGUGUGAAGGCCUGUGGAAAUUCCACCUACGAGUACAUCUUCAACAACUGUAUAGAGCUCUACAUGAGACAGUUCCAGCCUGCCGAAGAGCCUGAGCCAGAGGAGACUGGGCCUACUAUCCACAAUCUGGACUUCUGGCCCAAACUCAUCACCCUCAUCGUCUCCAUCAUAGAAGAAGACAAGAACGCCUACACACCCAUCAUUAACCAGUUUCCUCAGGAGCUCAACGUGGGGAAGGUCAGUGCUGAGGUCAUGUGGACGCUGUUCGCUCAGGACAUGAAGUACGCCCUUGAAGAGCAUGAGAAGCAUCGUCUGUGUAAGAGUGCUGAUUACAUGAAUCUUCACUUCAAGGUCAAGUGGCUAUACAACGAGUAUGUGACCGACCUGCCUGCUUUCCAAGACACUGUACCAGAGUACUCUGCGUGGUUUUUGCAGUUUGUCCUUCAGUGGCUGGGUGAGAACGAGGAUGUGUCCAUGGAGUUUAUGCAUGGAGCUCUAGAGAGGGACAAGAGGGAAGGGUUCCAGCAGACGUCGGAGCAUGCUCUGUUCUCCAGUUCAGUAGUGGACAUCUUCACCCAGCUCAACCAGAGCUUUGAGAUCAUCAAGAAACUAGACUGUCCUGACCCCAAGGUGCAGGCCCACUACAACAGGCGCUUCGCCAAGACCAUCACCAAGGUGCUGAUGCAGUACUGUGCUAUCCUGUCCAAGGAGUUCCCCACCUACUGCCAGAAGGAGAAGAUACCCUGUGUGUUGAUGAAUAACAUACAACAGAUGCGGGUCUUGUUGGAGAAGAUGUUUGAGUGCAUGGGGGCUAAACAGCUGGAUUCGGAGGCGGCGGACAUCUUGAAUGACCUGCAGGUCAAACUGGCCACCGUCCUGGACAACCUGAGCGCCAUGUUCGGCAAGAGUUUCCAGGCCCGUCUCACCGUCUGCAUGCGUCAGAUGGCAGAGAUCCUGUACCAGAUCAAAGGUCAUCCCAACCGUCAAACGGCCGAGGCCGACGCUGACAACAUGCUAAGGCCUCUCAUGGAGUUCCUGGAUGGAAAUCUAAGUCUGUUUGCUGACACCUGUGAGAAAACGGUUCUGAAGAGAAUACUGAAGGAUCUGUGGAAGAUCGUCCUCAGCAGCUUGGAGAAGACCAUCAUCUUACCGCCGAGCAACGACGGCUUCGGAGCUCAGAUUCUGACUGCUGCCAAGGGGCUGUCCAACCUCAAGGGAGGGGGCGAGGCCAAAAGCCUGACGCCCAAACAGUGUGUCAUCAUGGACGCCGCACUGGAAACCAUCAAGCAAUACUUCCAUGCGGGUGGUAAUGGUCUGAAGAAGGCCUAUGUGGAGAAGAGUCCUGAGUUAUCUUCGCUGAAAUAUGCUCUGUCCCUCUACUCUCAGAGCACUGAUGCACUAAUCAAGACCUUUGUAACAACACAGCACGCACAGGUCCAUAAUGGGAUGGGCAUCAGGAUGACUCCCAGUGAGAAGGUUCGGCCAGACAGAGGUUCAGGAGUGGAGAAGCCUGUUGGUGAGGCCCAGAUCCAGAUAGACAUGGUGCCUCCAGGGAAAGACAAGAUCCACAAGGUCAACAUCAGAGUGAUAGCGGUGAAUGACAUGAAGUGGCAGACAUCAGGGAUGUUCCGUCCCUUCGUGGAGGUCAAUAUGAUUGGUCCACUCCUCGCAGCCCAGAAGAGGAAGUUCACCACCAAGUCAAAGAACAACAGCUGGACAGCCAAGUACAACGAGGCCUUCCAAUUUAUCCUGGGUAAGGAGUCUCCAGACUGCUAUGAGCUGCAGUUGACGGUGAAGGACUACUGUUUCGGCCGGGCCGACCGUGUUGUGGGCGUGGCGGUGAUCCAGCUCCGAGACGUGGCUGACAGGAAGUCGUGCGUGUGCUGGUGCCCGCUGGGCGGAACCAUCCAGAAGGACGAGACGGGCGUGACGGUGAUGCGUAUCUUGUCUCAGCGUGCGGCCGACGAGGUGGCCAAGGACUUUGUCAAACUGAAGGCCGAGACACGCCCUGUAGAGGAGGGGAGAUAAUGAGGAGAGAGGAGAGGAGAGGAGA